AUGGUCGACCAGCCGAUGGGGGGCCCGACAUUUGAAUUGGCGGAGAUGUCGUAUACGAAGGGCUAUGCUGUUGGCCGUAGUAUGAUUGAGAGGGUGCGGGAGGUGGUAGCGAGCCCUGUGGGGAAUAAGGGUCUUGGGGCUGAGACUGACUAUUUAUUGGCGGGUGUGAUGCGGAGCCAGCUGAUGCAUAAGCAGCGGGAUAACUGUGAACGCCCGGACCUUGACCUAUCGAUGGCAGGCCUGAUCCCGCUGAGGCAGAAAUUGGGUGCACACCAGCUCCCGUUGUCAUAG